UUGACAGCAGGCUGAAAAGCUUUUAUGGGAGUUCAAUCAUGGCGUGUCCGUGUCCGGAGGUUCUUUACCCCAAUCCAGCAUCAGGAAACUAGCUUUAAUUUUCCAAUAGGAAUUGCGUCAUCGAUUAUUAUGGUGGUUAUUUAGAGCAAACCAUGUUACCACACUUGUUCAAUUCAGGUCAAUACGCUUUCCAAAGUGAUUGAAACUACUGGGUUGUUGCUGGAAGCGCCUUGCCAUGUCUUUACUGUGUGUCAGAGUAAAAAAAGCCAAGCUCCAGGGACCUGCAGACAAAUUCAAUGCUUAUGUGACACUGAAGGUACAGAAUGUCAAAAGUACAACUAUCACCGUGCGAGGGGGUCAGCCUUCCUGGGAACAGGAUUUCAUGUUUGAGAUCAACCGACUGGACCUCGGACUCAUUGUUGAGGUGUGGAACAAGGGCCUCAUCUGGGACACCAUGGUGGGGACAGCCUGGAUCCCUCUGAAGAGUAUUCGACAAUCAGAAGAGGAAGGCUCAGGUGAAUGGCUUAUCCUCGAUGCAGAGGUCCUGAUGAAGGCGAAUGAGAUAUACGGCACCAAGAACCCGACCCCUCAUCGACUCUUGUUGGAUACUCGCUUUGAGCUGCCAUUUGACAUCCCAGACAAUGAGGCACAAUACUGGACAGACAAGCUGGAACGCAUCAAUUCCAUGGGAAUCCAUGAUGAGUACCCUCUUCAAGACGACAUUGACAGUCGUCCGUUGGCUCCCACAGCGUCCCAAUGCUGCAACUAUUUUGGAUGGGCUGACUCACUCACUUUGGAUGACCACGACAGUGCUGUUGAUGACAGAGACAGCGACUACCGCAGUGAAACUAGUAGUAGUUUGCCUCCACGUUACCAUACCACGGCUCAACCCAACUCGUCUGUACACCAGUAUCCAAUUGGGCCUCGGCCAAAUCGCCACCCAGACUCCUGCGCAGAGUCCAUCCUCAGUUUUGACCUUGAGUACCGGGACCAGAGAAGCAGAUCUCCAAAUGAUAAAAGAAGAGUCAGAAUUAUACCUGUAGAUUCUGGCAUGGGUUGUGACGAUUGGGAAAGCAAAUACAAAAAGCGGGGAAAGCCUCAGCUGAGUGACUUUUUAGAUGAAGAAGAAAAUACCAAUCAAAUGGUAAAGCCUUACCCUGAACAAUCACAGAUCUCAGUCCUUCAAAACACUAAACAAAGUGGCUGCAUCCCUGCAAUCUAUCCUGAGGGCUAUGACACAAUUGAUCGCCGAAGAAAGAAAAAAAUCAGGGACCCAGGAGGGUUUCUCAAUCGAGAGAAGGAGAGAAUGAGAGAAGAUGCUUUUUCCUCAGACCUUGGAGUGCUUUGUGAGAAAAGAGGGGACAUGUUUAUGCUGCAGGUAGCAGAGAUGCGGGAAGAGGAGGUGCGAAGAGUGUCAUGUUCUGGGCCAUACAAAAAUGGUCUUCUCUACAAGACAAGAAUGUGGGCCAAAAAUGAACUAGAUACCACUUUAGAAAAUUACGUGGCUUACAAAAAGGAACAAGAUGCAAGAAUGCAAUCACAGUAUGAUUCUGAAAUGUAUUCUGGAAACUAUCGCUGUUCUUUUGGAGUAGAUGAGGCUAUCGAUGACGCUGAUUUUCCAGCAGAAGACAUACCCAGAGGAAUUACAAGACACAUCAGAGAUCGAAGUUCUUUGUCCCAUGAGAGCCGUAUAGACAAUUCUCAGGGAUUUCAGGAAAAGUGCAGGCGACCUAAAACUGUGGGAUGGGUACCUGAAGCAAUGCUUUCACCUGUAGAAGAACCAAGUGAUGAAUAUGUAGACCCGAUGGAUGAGCUACAAUGUUUAGUUGAAACGGUUUCGGAAUACCUUGCUGAAAAAGAGGAGGAAAUUAGCAAAUAUGGGUCUCUUCCUAAAUCAAGCAAAUCAAGGCUAUCAUCUCAAGGAAGCAACAGAACAGAUUCUGCUGGAGAUGAUCAGAAUAUUUCAAGUGAUCCUAAGGGGGAAAAUCAAUCACACGCUCCUGCUGGAAUUUCAGGAGUCAAAAAUGCCAUGAGCUCCUUAUUCAGUAAUCUCACUGACAGAGUUGGAGGAAACCCCAAACAGCCCGCCACAAAUACAAAGUCAUCAUCUGCACAGCCGUCACAAUCUGGGAUAACAAAACUUUUGUCAUUUAUUCCUAAAUCCAAUAGCUCUGCUCCUGUAGCUAUUGUGUCUCCAGUGGAAACCUGCCCUGAAAAUGUGUUCACUUGGCCUUCACAACCAUCCUGCCAGGCCAACAUAAAAGGGCAAAAUGAAACAAAGGCUUGUACAAUGAAACCUUCAAGUACAAAGGCGCACACAUUGGAGUUUGGAGCCAAACCUCAGGCUAAAGGAAACUCUGUAUUGGGGAAAUUCAAUCCUUUAAAGCUGUUUUCCUCUGAAGAUAUUAUCAACUCAGAUGAACACAAUGAGGAAACAAAGCCAAAUUAUUCACAGCUCGAUCAGAGUACUUGUCAUCAAGGUAAACCGAGGAUGGUAGGAAAGACAACAAAAGAGAGCGUGUCUUUAACUUCUCAACCUAAUGGUGCAACUGAUUCUGGAAGCACUUAUUUUUGUAGUCCUUUAAAGAAGUCAUAUAGCUCACUGAUAACACCUUCACACAUACCAUCUCAGGGAGCUCCACCUUUGGCAGUAUAUCCGGUAUUUAGAUCAGCUGAGGAUCCAGGACUUCAGAAACCAUUAGUAAAUACUGAGCCUAAAUCGCCUUCACUAUCCUCUGAAAAUGUCUCAACUCAACAACAACCAAAAACAGAAGGUGGGAUGCUUUCUGGAUUUUUGAAGUUUGCAUCCAUUGAAGAUGUUCAUUCCUCUGGAAACACAAAAAAUCCACAGCAAUCACAACACGGAUCAACUUCAGAAACCUCCACUGCCUUUAAACAAAACACAUCCACACAACAGAAAACCACUGAAAAGGGAUGGUUCGCCAACAUAUUCAACAAUACCUCUGCACCCUCUGGCUCAAACCAAAAUUCUAUCAACAAUCCUCAAUCUCAGAAUAGCAAAGUUCUUUCCAGCUCACAUUCACAACAUGCAUUAAAUCAAAAUGCAACUGGUCAAAUGGAACCUCAAAAGUUUUUGUCGGGAUUUUUUAAAGGGAGCUCCACUGACAAUGCAGCUGUGGGGUAUACUGAGUCCAAACAAGUAGGGAUCCUAUCUGGAUUUCUUAAAUUGGGUUCAAGUGGUGAGCUGUCUGACAAUAUGCCACAGCAGGGUCCUUUAAACAAUCAACCAGCCACAAGAAAUCCAUCCCCAGAUAUGACUGCCCAUGUUCCACCGCAGUCCAAAUUGACAGCUUCACAGAGAGGAGGCCUUCUCUCUAGUAUACUGAGGUUUUCAUCAACUGAAAAUGAAGCACAAAAUUCACAACCUUCCGAGGAGCCACGUCACGGGGAAAUUCCUGACACGGACCAUUCUCGGCACCAGAUUUCUAAAGAAACUGAGCAAAAUCAGCAACCACAGCAAAGGAAGUUAUUAUCUGGUUUACUUAAAUUUGCAUCAGCUGAGAAUACAUCAAGCUGCGAAGUUCACCAGAGUCAGCAGCAAAGCAGUGUCCAACAACACCAGACAGUUUUGUCUCGUCCUCAUCUACCAGGACCAGACAUCGGGAAUCAAACAUCAAGGCAUCAGUUUGACCAACAGGAUAUAAAUAAAGUAGCGUUUUCCCGGCAACAAACUGUUCCAGUCAAGCAACCACCAUCCAAGCCAGGUGGUCUCAUUUCUGGUCUUUUUAAAUUUGCCUCUGCAGACAGUAUAAACACGCAACAGUCCUCAUCAACUGAACAUCACAGAAUUGUCCCAAGCUCAUCAAGCCAUGAACAAGCUUCAGAAAGAAACAAAAGUUCUGAACAAAAUCAACCACAAAUUAACUCAAAAGAAAAUGCUCAAGCAAAUGAUUUUCCUAAACCAAUGACUCCACAACAAUCCAAAAUAAUCUAUGAGACACAGCAACUGAUUAAAGUACAAAAUAGUCAGUUUAAUCCAAAAGAGAAAGAAACCUCAAAUCAGUCUGGGGUGCUCUCUGGUUUGUUUAACAAGUUAACAAGAUCUGAAAACCAAGGCACAAACUGUCAGACGUCAACAGAACUAUUGUCUCAAAGGGUUGAUAAAUAUGCACUCCCAAAUAAUACAACACUACAAACACAGGCUCAUUUUAAUAGUACCCAGAAAUCUUCACAAAACCACACAGAGAAAGAGAAGGGGACAUCACCACUUGCCCGACAAGGGUUUUUUUCUGGAUUUGUUAAUAAAAAUGUUCCUGUGGAAUCUGUUGCCCACAGACCUCUGGAAAAGCCAGGCCAAAGUACUGAAGAAAUCAACUCACCUAGAUUGACAAAAUGUGUUGCUAGUGAUGUUAAUCAAACCAAUAGACCAUAUUAUUUAAAUCCAAGACCAAGCAGGCAUGAUUUCAGAAGUACGCCUGUGUCGAUUGACACCGAGAGUCUCGACUUAAGGACAUCGUCUACUUUUGCCCGAUCUCUUCAGAAUCAUACAACUUACUCAUCAUUCAGUGCUGGUAAUUUGCCUCAAUUAUAUUGCUCUAGCUCUUUUCUACCAAUACGCUCAAUGGCAUAUAGUACAGGAAAUAUUAAUUCCAAUUUCCAAAGUCUUACCAACUCUUCGGUAAUGACCAAUGAGCCAUAUACAGGUAUGUGUGGAAGUAUGCCAUCAUUGUAUGGCUCAACAAGCCAAAACCCUUAUGUUUGUCAGGUUUCCCCUUAUCAUUCAAGCCCCUCCUAUGAUGAAAACCAGUGGAUCCGUGGAAGUACUAUAUGGCAACAGUUUCAGGAUGAAUCCCUGGAUUCUCAGAUCCACGGACAGGAUUCAGGAUAUGUACAAAGUUAUGAAAAAACAUCCUUGCAAGCUUUUCCUUCAGACCACGGUUCUCCAGUGAUCAACCAGCCACUUACUUCCUCUACCACAUGGCAGGGUGCUAUUUGUCAUGAUGAGCAAAUUAAAUCAUAUAUGUCUGAUGCAGAUGGCACUGGUGAUUCUUACCCCCGAAAAACAUUUUGGAAUAGCCAUGAAGACCUGGGGAACUUACAGUAUUCAUGCAGUGAGCAGGGAAUUUUGAACUUGACAACUAAAACUAAACCGUGCAUGGCAACACAGGGAACAUGGAAUGUAUGUAAUGACAGCAGCACUUACAGCUUGAAUGGAAUUACUUAUCAUGAAGGCUAUUACGAGGAGAAUGCACCAAGCUUGUCUUAUUCCGCGAAUUGGCAGCAUGGAAAAGAUAAUGGCACAAUCCAGCAAAGUCAGUGUAAUUUCAAUAACUAUAUGAAUUUUCCCUCGGUUGUCAAUUAUGACAUGGAAGACUCUAUGUACCUUGAAGACACAGAAUGGUAUCAGCAGUGGCUUUUGCUGUUGGAGCAAGGAAUGUGGUGGCCAGCUGAAGAUGGAGACUGUGGCUACUUUGUUUAUACUGAUCAUGAGUAUGUUUACGCCUUGCUCACUGAUUCAGCGGGUGAAUAUGUCUAUGUAUGUGCCCCUGAAGAUAAUUCGUUGGGAAAUGCACAGACAUUUGAUGGCUUUCCCAGUGCUAUGCUAUCCAGUGAAAUGGUUCUAGUGUGUGGCUUUAAGAUUCCACUUUAUAAUGAAGAUGAGCUUCUUUGGUUGCCUGGGGAAGAUCUCAAUGAGUCUCAGCUCCUCAAUGCCCCAUUAGAUUUGUCUGCUGCCUAUAGAAAAGGAAAUCAAAUCAUGAACCUAAAUCUUGAGCAGUUUGCUCAAAUGUUUGAAAAUUCUUUCAUUUCACCAGGGCAACAAGGUGUAGAUUUCACAUCUUAUACAUUAAACAAAGUUCGUAUGGAUCCGAGCCACAUACCCGAAGACCCCAGCAUGUAUGUUAUUGACCUUUCCUCUCGAAGUAACUAUAUCGGCCCUCAGUGGAACAGCCAGGAAAAUAGGACUUUUCUUGCACAAAAGGUUGCUGUUUCAUUGAAUUCUACUGAUGCCCAGAGAACGAAUCAGCAGGUACUACACAACUGUUACCAGCCAAGACAGCAGCGUCGUUCAUCUACUGGUGUUAUUGUGAAACAUGUGGAUGAUAUAUCAGAAGAGGAUUGGAGAAAGAGAGUGACUCCGGGAGAACAACAACCAAAUCGACAAGUCAAGAAGAUUUCUUCCUUGAUGUCAUCUUUUGUGGGACGAACCACAACAGUGGAAUCCAUCAGAACUAGCAUAUCUUCAUCUCAUCAAAAAGAACCAGAUAAUGCUGCAGAUAAAAAGUCUAAAAAUGUGUUAUCAUGUAGUUUACAAAGUGUAAAGUCAAUGAUCAUCAAAGAAGAAAGUACCUCUGUAAAGCCAAAAGAAAAUUCAAUUAAUCAAAUCCAAAGACCAAUCACCACACAAGGAAGAAGUUUGCCGACAUUACCAACGAUAACUCAAGUGAGCCAUCCCUCAACACAAUCACAUUCCAUUUCACAGAAACCUAGAUUGUCGCGACAGACCACAACAGAGAUCACUGUUACAGUGCCAUUGAAAGACGAAUCUCUAGUAAGAGAUGGUCCUCCUCACCAAUUUGCAGCUAAUAAGCCAGGGAAUAUAACGGUAGAAAAAACAUCUGAGCAAUCACACCCUGGGUUAAUGAACUUCCUUAAAUCUGCGGUGGGAAUUGAGGAACCCAAGCAAGAGUUACAGAAAUGUUCACAGACAUCUCCCAAUCAACAUAUCAAGACUGGAAAUAGCUCUGCCAUACCAUCAAGUGCUUCUACAGAUAAAGAGACUACAGGGGCAUCAAACAUAUUUGGGUCCAUUAGCAGCUUAUUUAAUAUCGAGCCAUCUACACCACAGAGACAGGACACACUUCGAUCUGCAGCAGCUCGACCUAAGGGUAUACAAAGACAACAAACAAUGAACCAGAGUGGUGCACCUGAGCCAGGACAAGGGCACCACCCCCCAAAAUCUGAAGAAUUAUAUUCCACUUCUGCCAGGGGUGCUGACGGAACCAAAUCACAAACUGCAUCACAUGCCGAACAGUUAAAACAAGAAAACAAGACGAAACCUUCUGGUGGCCUAUUCGGGUUUUCAUUUGGCGAAAUUUUGACAGGAUCAACAGCAGCUCCGCAGCCUGGACCUUCAACUCAAACAACCACAUCAGCUACAGCUCCACAAGAAGAGUCACUCAGCAAAAGUAUACUAUCAGUGUUAAGUGGGGCAAGUCUUUCGCAAUCGGCACCAAAAACUGGACCUUCCCAAGCAAAUCCCCCAAAUGCCAUGCCACAUCAAGAAUUGCCUCGUACAAAUUUAUUGUCAAUGUUUGGAGAAUCACAUCCUCAACCCGCUCCCCCUGAAACUAAGGCUAAAGCUGAAGUACCACAAAAGGAAAAUAGUCUUCCAAAGGACCAGCAGACAACAGGGUUUUUCUCAAUGUUUGGUGGUACAAACACUCAACAGUCUCAAGCCCAAGCAGGAUCUCUUCUUGGAGGGAUAUUUUCAGGGUCAUCAAGUUUAACCGAAAGCCCAGUCAAGGGUCUGUUAUCAAAGUUUAGUGAUCCUAGUCCCCCUCAAACUGAACCACCAGCAACAUCCUUUCCACAACAAAGAGUACAAUCACAAUCUCAACAACAAGGAGGGGCUCAGCCACAAUCAAAACACCAGACUCAAUCACAAAGUCAGCAACCCACCUCUGUUCUAGGGGGGAUUUUGGGUGGAUUGUCUAACUCUACUGAUGGUCCAAAAAGAACAUUGUUAUCCAUAUUUAGCAGCCCCAGUGCCACUCAAACACCAGGGUCUGGAGGAAAUACAGCUGCACCACAUAAAGAACCCAUUAAACCUGUACCAUCCAUUGUACCAGAUGUUGGGGCACCUACGCCGUCAACUAAAUUGUCACAUACUGUUAAUGUCACUAGCAAAGAGCCACCACAGUCCUCCCAAAAUCAAUCAUUUUCUCACAGCUCGGUACCAGAAUGUAUUAAUAAUAAUAAUACUAACUCAAAAGAAAGCCAUGUGAGUACAUUUCCUGCUAAUACUCUGAAUAUUGGCACUGAUGUGGGUUCUGUAGUUACAUGCAAGGACAUUUCAUCCACAGAACCCAAUUCUAACUGUACAGCUGUGCCUGUGAAAACAAGCACUAAUAGUGCAGCUGUAGAUACCCCUUCCAUUAAAGAACCAUCAGCUACUGGCCAGACAUCUUCAAAAACAGAAUUCAUUUCAGACAGUCCAGCAAAAGGCUUACUUUCAUUAUUUUCCGGGCCUAGUACAGAGCCCAGUGUAAGCCAAAAAGACCCAUCACCAACAGAGAAUACAUCUGGUUCAUCGGGGCCCAAGGAUACACAAGCUAAAAGUAUAUUUUCUGUGUUUGGAACCGCUUCCCCUCAGCCUAGUUCUCAGUCUGGAAGUUCUAUAUUAGGGACCAUGUUUGGAGGUUCUUCACCCCAAACAGCUACGUCUCAAACUGGAGGAUCAUUACUAGGUGGUUUAUUUGGCUCUCCAAGUCCGCAGUCUACGCCUCAAACUGCCGGAGGCUCUGUUCCUCCAACAGCAACUCAAACAGGGACAUCCUUACUUGGAGGAUUAUUUAGUGGAUCUGCUCCUCAAGCAGCAGGGUCUCAUACUGGAGGGUCAAUUUUAGGUGGCAUUUUCGGCACACCUGCAGCUUCCUCAGCACCACAGGCUAUUGGCACGUUGGGUGGAUUAUUUGGUGGGGCUACCACUCAAACGCCAGUACCUCAAAAUAGUAACUCUAUAUUGGGAGGUAUUUUGGGGAGAUCAGCUAAUGCACAGAAGGGUGACAAUCUGGCCAAAGCCUCUGUCCCAGUUGAGUCAUCUGGUCCAAGUUUGGCUUCAUCGGUCAAAGAAUCAGUUUCACCUGCAACGUCCACUCCAACACCUUCAUCAAAUUUAAAUGAUGGCGAGAAAAACACUUCUUUUUCUGAACCUACUUCAAGUGUAACUACUACAUGUGAACCACUUAAUGACAGUAUCACAGUUGCAGCUUCUAUUGGUCAAGAAUCAUCUGCGAUUGACAUUGUCCCUAAACACCAAGAACAGCCAGAAACAUUAGGUCAACCCAACAGUACAAGUCAGUGUCCUGAAGAAAACCUAUUUCAAGCACAUGGUAACAAAGAUGAAGAUUACAAUAAGACCAACAAAUCAGUUCGAGCAGAUAAUGACACUGAAUCAGAAACAUGUACUUUUGCAGGGGCAAAUAUUGUAGGAGAUCAGUCUACUCAAGAUAAAACACCACCUAGCAAUGAAAAGGAAACACCGCCAACACCUGUAGUAGAGGCACAGCAUAAGACACAAGAGGCAGAAAAAUCCUUUGGUCAUGAAACAACAGAUACAGUUACAGGCUUUAUGUCCUCCCUUUUUAAGCCAACAGCAUCUUUGGAUCAAAGUACUCAACCUCAACAGCGAAGUUCACUUUUUGGACUGGGAGGAUUGGCACCCCAAGCUGCUACUAGCCAACCAGGAAGCUCAAUACUGGGCAGUAUUUUUGGAGGUUCUAACACUCAGCCAACACCUUGCCAUUCAGGUGAUUCCCAGUCUGAAACUCCUUGUGCUGCGCCUGCUCCUGGAGUGUCAAUUUUAGGUGGAAUGUUUGGAGGACGAAGCACUGUAAAGCCAGAUGUUCCCAAGACUGGUGGGCCAUUACUGGGUGGGCUAUUUGGAGGAUCUGCUGCAGCAGCACAACCUGGCAGUUCUUUACUUGGAGGAAUGUUUGGAGGAGUCACUGCUCAGACUGCAGGAUCACAAACUGGAACAUCUGUACUCGGCGGUAUUGGUGGGGCUAUAUUUAAGGGAAUGGGGCAGCCACCUAAGCCAUCUGAACAAUUGCCAUGUGAACCAAAGUCAAAAACUAGUACUACUUCACAUCCACAAGUUACGCAUGAAAAUGUGACACCAUGUGGUAUUCAGAAAGAUUCAAAUAAACUGUUGGCGUCCAGCGAAGAGUAUCACACUCACAGCACGGCUGUUGUGUCAUCUGAGGCUUCUUGUGUAGACGCCACGGCGAUCACAAGUGCAUCGGACCCUACGUAUCAAAUAGAUGGCACCAAAAAAGAAAUGUCAACUGCUGAGCAAGAAGUGACUGUUGAGAAACCUGUUGUCAUUGAGGAAGCGCCUAGAAGUGAUGACAAAUCUUCUCAACUUAAUGUCCGAACUGAUUUAAAUACAACCCAUCCAUCUGAUCAGUUGCCAAAAGAGCCAUCUCAAGCAAAGUCUUUGUUUGGUUUCAUAUCCCCACAGAGUGAAGCAGGAAAAUCUCUUGGAUCUCUUUUUUCACCAACAGUGCCAUCUGUUAUUUCAUCAGUUCCCCAAACGGAAGCAGGUAGCUCUCUUUUUUCAGGACUAAAAACACUAUCUGGAGGACUAUUUCAAGAGGAAAGAACAACUACGUCAUUAUUUGGGACAAAGAUAGGAUUUCCUUGGCAGACAGAGCCACCAAAACAAGAUGGUGCCCCAGUUGUAACGUCUCAACCAAAACUCAAUAACAAGCCAACAAGUGGUGAAACAAGUGAAGUACAAAAUGUUUCCACAUCUGAUGCCCCCAAAGCUCAAUUGGUAGGUUCCACAGAUGAUGUAGCCAACAUCCAGAUAUGCAUUUCCACCCCUGAAGUAGAUUCCUCAACAUCCUUGACCGUAAAAGAUACCGAAACACUUGUAGAAACAAACCCCUCUGCAGGUACAACCAAUGGAUUGCCGCUGGACAACCAGUCUAAGAGGAAUCUUUUGAAUACAAAAAGUCCAGCAGAAAGUAGUCGUUUUGGGUCAUCAGGAAACCUGAGUCAGACCAGCUCCCAGCUCAGUGAGACUGGUCACGAGAGCACUGGCGGCUCAGAACUGGAGGAGUCUGUCCACUCCUACCACAGCACUGGCUUUUAUCCCUCCAAAAAUGAACCUCUGACUACAAACGUACAGUCUGUUAUUGGAGGGAAGGAUACACCUAGGCUGUCCUUGGAAGCACAACGAGGCUUGAAAAAUGACACUCCAACGGAGAAAGGGUUUUCUAAACUCCAAAGGUUCCACGAUGAGGGGCCACCUUUACCCUUUUCUCCCUCCAGAGUCCGUUGGCUGAAGGCCAUCAAUAAAGUCAGGGUUCAGCUACGGGAGGUUGGACAUGAUGAGCCCAAUGCAAGACAGGCCUGGGUCAAACCAGGCGAUGGACCGGGACUUUAUGGAAUUGACAGCAUGCCAGACCUUCGUAAAAAGAAGCCUAUCGCUUUGGUUAGCGAUGUGUCCCUUGUGCAAGCCAGGAAAGCAGGUAUCACAUCUGCCAUGGCUGCACGAUCUUCUAUCAGGGAUGAGGAGCUGAAAAACCAUGUGUACAAGAAGACGCUUCAAGCUCUGAUCUACCCUAUAUCGUGCACCACACCACACAACUUUGAGGUGUGGACUGCCACAACACCCACAUACUGUUACGAGUGUGAAGGAUUGUUGUGGGGCAUUGCACGACAAGGCGUCCGAUGUUCAGAGUGUGGUGUUAAGUGUCAUGAGAAGUGUCAAGAAUUACUGAACGCUGACUGUCUGCAACGUGCUGCGGAGAAGAGUUCAAAACAUGGAGCUGAAGACCGAACACAGAAUAUCAUCAUGGCAAUGAAGGACAGGAUGAAGAUCAGGGAAAGGAACAAACCAGAAAUCUUUGACCUGAUCAGGGAAGUCUUCAUCAUUAGCAAAACUGUCCAUUCGCAGCAGAUGAAGGCCAUCAAACAAAGUGUGCUGGAUGGUACCUCUAAGUGGUCUGCCAAGAUCACCAUCACAGUUGUUUGUGCCCAAGGACUUCAGGCAAAGGACAAGACCGGUUCAAGUGAUCCGUAUGUCACGGUGCAGGUCGGCAAGACAAAGAAGAGAACCAAAACUAUUUAUGGCAACCUCAACCCAGUGUGGGAGGAGAAGUAUCACUUCGAAUGCCACAAUUCGUCAGACAGAAUUAAAGUGCGUGUGUGGGAUGAAGAUGAUGACAUCAAGUCAAGGGUGAAGCAGCGCCUUAAGAGGGAAUCUGAUGAUUUCCUUGGCCAGAGUAUUAUUGAAGUGCGAACCCUGAGCGGAGAGAUGGAUGUCUGGUACAACCUGGAGAAGAGGACAGACAAGUCAGCAGUGUCAGGCGCCAUCCGCCUCCAAAUCAACGUGGAGAUCAAGGGAGAGGAGAAAGUGGCUCCGUAUCAUGUGCAGUAUACCUGUUUGCAUGAGAACCUGUUCCACCACACCACAGAUAUCCAAGGACGGGGUGUGGUCAAAAUCCCAGAAGCUCGUGGGGACGAUGCGUGGAAAGUGUACUUUGACGACGUGCCACAAGACAUAGUGGAUGAGUUUGCCAUGCGUUAUGGAAUUGAAUCAAUCUACCAGGCCAUGACGCACUUUGCCUGUCUGUCGUCUAAGUACAUGUAUCCUGGGGUUCCUGCUGUGAUGAGCACGUUGCUCGCCAACAUCAAUGCCUUCUACGCCCACACAACCGCCUCCACCAAUGUGUCCGCCUCUGACCGCUUUGCUGCCUCCAAUUUUGGGAAAGAACGAUUUGUCAAGCUUUUAGACCAACUGCACAACUCUCUGCGCAUUGACCUCUCUACGUACAGAAACCACUUUCCUGCCAGUAACAAGGACCGCCUGCAGGAUUUAAAAUCCACUGUGGAUCUUCUAACCAGCAUUACAUUCUUCAGGAUGAAGGUCCAGGAGUUACAGUCUCCGCCCAGAGCCAGUCAGGUUGUGAGGGACUGUGUCAAGGCCUGUCUCAACUCCACAUAUGACUACAUCUUCAACAACUGUAAUGAACUCUACAGCCGACAGUACCAGCCUGUGGACAACAACAAGGAAGAACUAUCUCUGGAGGACCAGGGUCCAAGCAUCAAGAACUUGGACUUCUGGCCCAAACUCAUUAUGCUCAUCGUCUCCAUCAUUGACGAGGACAGGAACUCCUAUACACCUGUGUUGAACCAGUUUCCUCAAGAAUUGAAUGUAGGGAGGGUGUCGGCAGAGGUCAUGUGGACGUUAUUUGCACAAGACACAAAGUAUGCUAUGGACGAUCAUGAGAAACACAGACUGUGUAAGAGCACUGACUACAUGAACUUGCACUUUAAAGUGAAGUGGCUUUAUAACGAAUAUGUCAAGGAGCUACCGAGCUUUAAGGAUGUUGUUCCAGACUACCCAUCAUGGUUCCUACAGUUUGUGCUGCAGUGGUUGGAUGAAAAUGACGAUGUAUCCAUGGAAUUCAUGCAUGGAGCACUCGAAAGAGACAAAAAAGAUGGAUUCCAGCAAACAUCUGAGCAUGCUCUGUUCUCAUGCUCUGUGGUGGACAUCUUUACCCAGCUUAACCAGAGCUUUGAGAUCAUCAAGAAACUGGAAUGCCCUGACUCAAAUGUCAUGGCACAGUACAGUCGCCGCUUCUCCAAGACCAUUGCCAAAGUACUGUUAGAGUACAGUACCAUUCUUACCAAGAGUUUUCCUUCUUACAUUGACAAGGAGAAGAUUCCCUGUGUCCUCAUGAAUAAUGUGCAGCAGUUGCGGAUUCUCCUGGAGAAGAUGUUUGAGUGCAUGGGUGCCCAACAGUGCAACAGUACAAUACUAGUAUGUCAGUUUGAGGAGAGUGAGGAAGAGGAAGAGGAAAUCGGGGAGGACGGGGACAAAAUUCAGGUUGAGACUGACAGGGAGCAGAUGGAUAUUCCAGUAGAAAAGAUGGACACUGAGGCCAGUGACCUGCUGAACAACCUGCAGGUGAAACUGAACAGCGUGCUGGAUGAGCUCAGCAGUACAUUUGGCAACAGCUUCCAGAGCCGCAUCAAUGACUGCAUGCGACAGAUGGCGUCUCUGCUAUACCAGAUAAAAGGACCACUUAAUGCUAACACCAAAAACCAAGUGGACGCUGACUCUGAUAACAUGCUACGGCCACUCAUGGAUUUUCUGGAUGGGAAGUUGACGCUGUUUGCCACGAUAUGUGAGAAAACUGUUUUGAAGCGUGUGCUCAAGGAGCUCUGGAGGAUUGUUAUGACCAGCUUGGAGAAGACCAUAGUCCUGCCCCAGGGCAAUGACACCUUUGGAGCACACAUACUCUCUGCUGCAAAAGAACUAGGUCAACUCUCCAAACUCAAGGAUCACAUGGCAGGGGAGGCAAAGAGCUUGUCUCCCAGACAGUGUGCCGUUAUGGAUGUGGCAUUGGACACGAUCAAGCAAUAUUUCCACGCAGGUGGUAAUGGUCUGAAGAAGGCUUUUCUGGAGAAGAGUGCUGAACUGUCCUCCCUCCGCCACGCUCUCUCCCUCUACACUCAGACCACUGACACACUCAUCAAGACUUUUGUGACAACCCAACACGCACAAGUGCACAAUGGAAAGGGUUUUAAAUUAACUCCCAAUGAAAAAAUACAGCCCAGCAGGGGCAUAAAUGUGUCCAACCCGAUUGGUGAGGUGUCUGUCCAGGUUGAGCUCCACACUCAUCCAAAAAGUGGGGAACACAAAGUUUCUGCCAAAGUUGUUGCAGCCACUGAUUUGAAAUGGCAGACAUCUGGCAUGUUCCGACCCUUUGUGGAGAUCACCAUGAUCGGACCUCACCUCAGCGACAAGAAGCGUCGAUUUCAGACCAAAUCCAAAAACAACAGCUGGUCUCCCAAGUUCAAUGAGACCUUCCACUUCGUCCUGGGCAACCAAGACGGCUUUGAGUGCUACGAGCUGCAAGUGUGUGUCAAAGACUACUGCUUUGGACGAGCGGACCGUGUGGUGGGAUUGACUGUGAUCCAGUUAAGGGACAUCAUGGAGAAGGGCAACUGUGCCUGCUGGUGUGCACUUGCUCAAUGCAUCCACAUGGAUGACACCGGCCUCACCGCCAUGCGGAUCUUGUCACAGCGUUCCAGUGACGAUGUGGCCAAAGAAUUUGUGCGGCUUAAGUCGGAAACACGAUCGUCUGAGGAGGGCAGAUGAGGGGAUUGUUUCCAUAACCAUUUGGUGGAACCUUACAAAGUUCACAUACACACUUUGUUCCUCGACUCCAUCAGUUUCAAGUUGCCCUUAAUCAUACCGCGCCUGUGAACAUUGUGUUUGAUGCCUUCCACAGUCCUUAAACUGUGACUGACUCCAAUCAAGUCGUGUAAAUGUGAUGAAAAUACAAUCUAGUUCGUCCCAUACAUAGUAACUGACGGGCAUGGUUGUAACCGUAUGGAACGCAAGUGGAGCUAAUGCAUCAAGUAUUACCAGAUUAGGUACUUGAUACUUGAUAUCUAUACCACUUACUUUAAAUAACAGAUGAGCUAUAUGUGUGCCUUGUUGCCAUAUGGAUGCCCUCAGUUCCCAUUAAGAAUGUUGAAUGAUGUCAACCAUAUGACAGUAUAGCCCAUCCAUUUUAUUUAUUUUUUAUACAAAUAUUUAUUUUGGUUGUGUCUAGGACCUGAAGACACGUGAGUGAAUUUACAUAGUUGUUGCUGCUGCAGUGUUACAAGUGGUUACAAGUCUUUAAGGAUUGAAUAUCCACCCUCACAAUUACCUGACAGGUUAGUGUUUGCUGUUAAAUUGAUGCUUAACUAUUUAUUUAUAUAUAAAAAAAUAAUAUACACAUCUAGUAUCAAAUUUUCUUCCAAAAAAAAACUCUAAACAUUUUGGACUUGUGCACAACUUAUGGUUUACAUAAAGAUGGGUGGCAAAUUCAAAGCAUCCAUGCUGGACUGUCAUUAAAUAAAUGAUGAUUUCUAGAAUCUUUAUGAAGGUUCCAGCUUGAAUUUGUUACUCGUCUUCUUUUCUCUCCAUUCUCUGUGGCCUUAUUGUGACGGAAAACGUUUAAACCUUAUAAAAAUCCUACUUUUGCCUGUGUUCUGAGGGUCGCUACCUCAUUGCCCAUUCUUAUAUUCCUUAUUUUUCCCAAGUGAUAUUACAUUUUCAUUUUAUGGUUAUCUUUGCUUGUAGUACAAAUGUGAUUUUUCUUUCUUUAUCUUAAAAAUCAUAUGUUCCCUUGAAUUUUUAACAUGUUUAAUGACUUGCAAACUAUGUAGCUGAGAGCUGUAUUUUAAAGUGAUGAAUACGACUAUCCACUUGUGUGCCAUCAAGAAGAAGGAUGUGUUUGCAAUAUGAGAACCACACUGUUGGUGGAGUUGUCUUUUUAACACCCUGUAGAAACCAAAUAGAGUAGAUUAUGUAAGAUACUGUACAUGCUCCUUGUGCCAUGUUUUUAUGGAAAUGUCUUCUGUAUUUGUUAAGUCUUACAAACUUGGCUGUCAUCACUUCAAGAGUUAACAAGUACACUAUGUCAAUAAUUGUAUUUUUGUGUUAUUUUGUCACAAUGUACAUGUUGCUGUAAUGUAAACAUUCCAGUUCAUUUUCUAUAAAGUACCUGAGUAUUAAAAAAAAGUGCAAAUUGCCUCA